AUGCGGCCGUAUAUCUUUGUCCUCCUCGCGACAUUCGCCAGUGCUUCUGAAACGUCCUUGAACAAUUGCAAAUGCAAGGGAGGAAACGAAGCCGCCUUUACCAAUGCUUGCUGCACAAAAGGCACGACCUUCAAUGGACGCUCAUUAACAGGAAUUUCCAAUCAGGAGGGAGGUUGCAACUUUGCUCCCAAUGCUGCCUUUAUCGUCAUUCCGCAUGCUCAAAUUCAACAAGAGUUUGCGGCCUGUUGUCUCGCAACAAGCUCCGGCCAGGGUGCUACGGGAGGAACAUGCACACACAUACAGCUGUGA